ACACAAGGCCUAAACCACAACAACACUACUCCAUCCUUCAACCUCCAAAAGCCUAAUCAAAACCAGUUCGAAAACCCUAACAAGUAAAAAUGUAUCAAGAUAUUUGCUUGGAGUUUGAUUUUGCUCUUUUGGAGUCGAUUCGGCAACACCUUCUUGACGAUAAUUUUGAUACUACUUUUCAGGAAUCAUCACCAACAGCUUCAGGCAGUCCUUCCCCAAUGUACUGCCGAAGUUUAAGUUUCAGCACCCUUUCCUCGACGGAAAGUUGGAGGGACAUGCUGUUUAAAGUGGAACCGGAAGACACUAACGAAGUUGUUGGUGCUUUAUCUGAUGGCACGGACGGGUGGAGUCCGUCAUCAGAUCACCAUUACGUUGAUGUUAUAGAUACCACACCCGUGAAACCGGAGCCUCAGGAGGUUGUCAGAGAAGAGAUAGUGGUGGCGCGUGAGACUCACAUGCCACCGUCGCGGCUGCACUUUCGGGGAGUGAGGCGGAGGCCGUGGGGGAAGUACGCAGCGGAGAUUAGAGAUCCCAAGAAGAACGGGGCCAGAAUGUGGCUCGGGACUUAUGAGACGACUGAGGGUGCGGCAUUGGCUUAUGACCAAGCUGCUUUUAAGAUGCGCGGCUCUAAAGCCAAGCUCAACUUCCCUCACCUUAUUGGCUCGGAGGGAUGCGAGCCGGUUCGAAUAAUAGCAAAGCGGCGUGCCCCGUUGUUCUCCACUUCUUCUUCCUCGUCGGAAAGUGGGUUGCCAAAGCCGAAAAGGAGGAAUACUGGACUUCGCUCGGUGGCUGAAGCCGAGUCGGGUAGCACAAGCCGGGUUGAGAUGGUUGAGAAGAGCUAG